UUUUCCGCCUUUAAACACAAGCUGUUAUCCCAUUUAAAUAAAGAGGGCUUAAGUGGGCUAAGGGUCGGACCGUAUAUUUCUUCUCCACAAAACCGCGGUCACACUUUUCCUCUUCUUUUCCGCUGAAGUGUCAAAAACUUUGAGAUGGCCAAGUCAAAGAAUCACACAAACCACAACCAGAACAAGAAGGCCCAUCGCAAUGGCAUCAAGCGCCCUAUGCGUAAGCGCCACGAGUCCACCAUGGGCAUGGAUGUCAAGUUCCUGAUCAACCAGCGGUACGCACGCAAGGGUAACCUGUCCCGCGAAGAGUCGGUGAAGAAAUACAACGAACGCAUCGCCUCGCAGCAGGGCAAGCCCAAGCCCAUUACUUUGUAGAUUCCAGACAACAUCCGAUCUUGGUUAGAAGAGAGCCCGUUGUUUAAUUAAAGGAAAUCAAUUUAACGUA